GGGGCUUGGGGGGCGGAAGUAGCGGUGCAUUAUGGGCUCGCUUAGAGCCAUGGAAUUGAGCCUGAAUGAAAGUGGCGCGCAGUCCCUGACGUUAUCCGAGUAGGAGCGGCUGGAAUUUGGACCUCUGCGGGGGUUCGGGUGCCUUGCACCUCGGGUGCGGAACGGACCGCCAGGAGGCGGCGGCAGAGGCGGUGAGCGUUGGCGAAGGGGGCGGCUCUGCGUAGCUCCGAGACAUGGCUCACAACAAGAUCCCGCCGCGGUGGCUCAACUGUCCGCGGAGGGGCCAGCCGGUGGCAGGAAGAUUCUUACCUCUGAAGACAAUGUUAGGACCAAGAUACGAUAGUCAAGUUGCUGAAGAAAAUCGGUUCCAUCCCAGUAUGCUCUCAAAUUAUCUAAAGAGUCUGAAGGUUAAAAUGGGCUUGCUGGUGGAUCUGACAAAUACUUCAAGGUUCUAUGACAGAAAUGACAUAGAAAAAGAAGGAAUCAAAUAUAUAAAACUUCAGUGUAAAGGACAUGGCGAGUGCCCUACAGCUGAGAAUACAGAGACAUUUAUUCGUCUGUGUGAGCGAUUUAAUGAAAGAAACCCACCUGAACUUAUAGGUGUUCAUUGUACCCAUGGUUUCAAUCGCACUGGUUUCCUCAUAUGUGCCUUUUUGGUGGAGAAAAUGGAUUGGAGUAUUGAAGCAGCAGUUGCUACUUUUGCUCAAGCCAGACCACCAGGAAUUUAUAAAGGUGAUUAUUUGAAGGAACUUUUUCGUCGCUAUGGUGACAUAGAAGAAGCACCACCCCCACCUCUGUUGCCAGAUUGGUGUUAUGAGGAUGAGGAAGAUGAAGAUGAGGAUGAGGAUGGCAAAAAGGAAUCAGAACCUGGGUCAAGUGCCUCCUUUGGCAAAAGGAGAAAAGAACGGUUAAAACUGGGUGCUAUUUUCUUGGAAGGUGUAACUGUUAAAGGUGUAACUCAAGUGACAACUCAACCAAAGUUAGGGGAAGUACAGCUGAAGUGUCAUCAAUUCUGUGGCUGGGAAGGGUCUGGAUUCCCUGGAGCACAGCCUGUUUCCAUGGACAAGCAAAAUAUCAAACUUCUGGAGCAGAAUCCAUAUAAAGUAAGCUGGAAAGCAGAUGGUACUCGGUAUAUGAUGUUGAUUGAUGGCACAAAUGAAGUUUUUAUGAUUGAUAGAGAUAAUUCAGUAUUUCAUGUUUCAAACCUGGAAUUUCCGUUUCGUAAAGAUCUCCGUAUACAUUUAUCAAAUACUCUCUUGGAUGGGGAAAUGAUUAUUGACAGAGUAAAUGGACAAGCUGUUCCUAGAUAUUUGAUUUAUGAUAUAAUUAAAUUUAAUGCACAACCGGUUGGAGAUUGUGAUUUUAAUAUUCGUCUGCAGUGUAUAGAACGAGAAAUAAUAAAUCCCCGACAUGAAAAAAUGAAGACCGGUCUCAUUGACAAAACACAGGAACCAUUUAGUGUCAGAAAUAAGCCAUUUUUUGACAUUUAUACUUCAAGGAAGCUACUUGAAGGAAACUUUGCCAAAGAAGUCAGCCAUGAAAUGGAUGGACUUAUUUUUCAGCCUAUUGGAAAAUAUAAACCUGGUCGAUGUGAUGAAAUUUUGAAAUGGAAGCCUCCCAGUCUGAAUUCUGUCGAUUUUCGCCUUAAGAUAACAAGAAUGGGAGGAGAAGGGUUACUUCCUCAGAAUGUUGGCCUUCUCUAUGUUGGAGGUUAUGAAAGACCUUUUGCACAAAUCAAGGUGACAAAAGAGCUAAAACAGUAUGACAACAAAAUUAUAGAAUGCAAAUUUGAGAACAACAGCUGGGUCUUCAUGAGACAGAGAACAGACAAAAGUUUUCCUAAUGCCUACAACACCGCCAUGGCUGUGUGCAACAGUAUCUCAAACCCUGUCACCAAGGAGAUGCUGUUUGAGUUUAUCGACAGAUGUGCGGCAGCUUCUCAAGGACAGAAACGAAGGCAUCAUCUGGACCCUGACACGGAGCUUAUGCCUCCACCACCUCCCAAAAGACCACGCCCUUUGACCUAAGACCUGCUUUAGACUUAAGGACUGAGAGGAAAGAUGAGUGAGAAAAAAAUACUGUUGCCCCAUUUGCAGCCAGAGAAAUUAAAAAAAAAAUGUGGCUUGAUGUUGAUACUGUUUGAAUUUUUUUUUUUUUAAGAAAAGUAUUGUAGCCAGCCUGUAGAUAUCUGAUGCAUUUGUUUCCUCAGUGCUACAGUACAUCAUGGACUUAAACGUUUUAUUUAUAUCUGAUAAACUCAGCCUUACCUUGUGGAAUCUGAAGAUUGAAAUAUCCAAAGGUUUAAACAAGAUCGAAAUCAAUGAAAAAGAGGCCUUGUUUAUAUAUGGAUAACUUCUACCUUUAAUUUAUAAAGUUAGCAAUCUGGAACUGUGAGCACCUAGAACACUGUAUUUUUUAGCAGUUGUCUUUCAGCUAUGGUAAAUUUUCCUUGUAAAAUAUUUAGGCAAUGGCAUUCAACAUUCUUGCCAUCAUUUAUUAUGGAUUUCAUACAUUUCUGAGAUUCUUGUAUUCAAAAACAAAUGACAAGGUUGUUAAAUAUACUAUAUUAAACAACUUGGUCUGGCUUUAUCCCUUUAAAAGUUGUUUUGGAAAUGUAAAAGUCAAGUAAAGUUUCAUUUUUGUGAAUUGCAUCCUUUCUAAAGGAAAUAUAUUGAGUAUUUUCAUCUGCUUCUAUUGUUUGAACUACAAUAUCGAUCUCCAGUGUGUCCAUUCCAGCAGUGGUUUUGAGUUACUCCGUAGAACUUAGAUAUACACUACCAGGUCCCUUACGUAUUGUUUCCUGGGAGACCUUAUUAUAUUUUUUAAACGCCAGGACUACUGCUUUACCUCGGUGGUAUCAGCACAUUGUAAAUUACAUUAAAACACAACUCACUGUGAUUAUGGGAGUGAUAUCAAACACAAGCAAUGUUCUGUUAGUUCCCUCGAACAAAACAGCAAAGGAAAUGCCAGCUGAUUCCUUUGAUUAGAAGGUAAUGUCAGUGGAAUAGAAUGCUGUCACUAGAAAAUGCUCUCCCACUGCUACAUAAAUGCAAAGGCAAAGAGUAGACAUCUGUAGGAACUAAACAUGAAGGAAGCCAAGGCAUUUAUUUUCAAAGCCAGAAUUCUAUCUGUAUUUUAUUCUGGGAAUGCUAUUUCUGCUGUAUGCCUGCAUUUUAAAACAUGGACUGAUAGAUAGAUAAUGUAUUUAAAGAGCAGCUAACUGGUCAGCUACCAUUGUGGAGAAAUUGUGUUUUGAUUGGUUUGUGAAGGAAUCUGAGAAUUAGCUGAUUAGGGGCUAAUGUAUUUAUUUUUAGAGGCACAAGUUUUAAGUAUGUGUAUUUAAAACAAAUUUUCAUGAUCUGAAUUUUAUAUACGUCUAUGCAUAUAUAUGUGAGUAUAUGCAACAAUGUAUAUUCUUCUACUAAUGUAGUCAGAAAUGAAAAUCCAUAUGAUUUACCUAGUAGACUGAAUAUCUGACAGGAUUUCUAUAUGUUAUAGCACAGGUUAACCAAAAAUGUAUUUAUAUUCACCCGAGUUUUAAUGUUUUUAAACAAACUUUUCUCCUACAAUGCUUUUCUAUAUAAAAUACUAAAGUCAUACUCGGGCUUUUUUCCUUUGUUGUUCCCAAGUUACGUAAUAUAUAGUGAAUUUAUCCAAAAUGCCAUUUUAGUGUUUCUUUCCUAGAGUGUUUUUGUGUGUUUGGGUGCUAAAGAUUAAAACACCUGACUGCCACAAUAACUGUAGAAAGAUGAAAAUUCGUUAAGGUUCCAUAGUGUCUUGUACAAAAUAGAUCUAAAAAAAAAAAAAACCUAUGCAACUCCACAUAGUCUAAUGUCUACUUCACCAGGAUUAGUGACUCCUCACAUGGUGUGUUGCUUUCUUCCAAGCACCUGUAAGUGUGGGACCCUUUUGCGGAUAUAAGAGCAAGCUUUCGCCAGUGAUCUUUAAUGGAGUUAAAAUGUUUAUGGUAAUUGUAACCUUUUAAAUGAGUUAUAUGAAAAGAGCAUCUCAUUUUUAAUACACCCAGAUAUUUUCUCCUUGCCUUUGUGCGUUUUCCAGCAGUUAAUUUUCUCAUUUUUUCAUUUCCUUUCAAUUAUAAUGAAGUAUAGUAGUUGGCCUUAUAAGUAGACCCCAGUUAGCCCCUGGACACAUUACCAUCUACAAUAUCAUAACAAGUCGUCUAGAAAGUCGGAGCGGGGAGUCUAGAGGCAGUUUUUGGAAUAUCAGGAAGGAAACACUUCCCCUCUCAGCCCAUUUCACAAUAACUGUUUUUUGACACUGAAGUUUUGUAGGCAAAAGUAAGAAAACUUUUCUGAGUUAUCACAUAUAAAAGCUUUUGCAUUGUGUGUGGAAAAGAUGUGGAUGACUCGACUGCCUGGAUGGUUACAUUUGCUUUCUGUGAAAUGCUCAGAAAAUGUCAGGACAUUCCUUCUCUAAAUGUAUGUCAGUGUGUAUUGUAAUAAAACUACUGAUUUAAAAUAACAGAAAA